AUGGGCAAUGCACUUGGCACGAAGAAAACGCUAAAGGAGCAGCUUCGUGAGAAUAAACGCGAGAUCAAUCGCGCUGUACGACAGUUGGAUCGUGAACGUACAAAUCUUCAGUUGCAGGAGAAGAAACUUAUCAUUGAAAUCAAGAAAAUGGCCAAGCAGGGGCAGAUUGCCAGUGUCAAGAUCAUGGCCAAGGACUUGGUCCGUACGCGUCAACACGUUACCAAGUUUUAUACAAUGCGUUCACAGUUGCAAGCAGUGUCAUUACGAUUGGAAACGGCCAGCUCAGCAGAAGCCAUGACAUCGGCUUUGCAAGGUACUACGACAGCCAUGAAGGCUAUGGCCACGACUAUGAACCUACCACGACUUAAUCAGAUCAUGAUGGAGUACACGAAGGAGAGUGAGAAGAUGGAGAUGACUCAAGAUAUGAUUGGUGAUACUAUUGAUGACGUCAUGGAAGCUGAUCAGGACGAGGAAGAGGAAGAUCGGAUUGUUGGACAGGUGCUGGAUGAGAUAGGUAUCGACAUGACGGGAGCAGUGCCUGAGGCACCAACAGCUCAGGCUGCACCUGUAGCAGUGGCUACAAAAUCCACCCCAUCGACAGUAGUGCUGCCUGCUGCUCCUGUAGCUGCAGGAGGGGGUGAGUCAACGGAUUCGGCCAUUAGUGACCUUGAGGCGCGGCUGAACAACUUGCGACGGUCAUGA